CUCUCUCUCUCUCUCUCUUUAUUCCCAAGUUCAAGAGCCAAACCUCUCCUUGCAAAAAAAUCUCCAGCCAUGACUCACCAGGUGGGGGAAGGAUGGCCGCUGGGACUGAUGAGAACGGCGAAUGGUAGAAUUGGAGGAGGAAUCAUAAACGGAAACAAUCAUCAACCCUUCUCUCCUUCUCUCUCCUCCAGCUCUCUUCUCUCUCCUUCCACUCACCUCUCUUCCUCUGAUCUUGAUUCCCAGUCAAAUGGGUCCUUCCUCCACGACAGAAGCAGCAUGACACUGGGAAGCCUACUCGGCGUAUCAAACAUUCUACGACUUUCCAGAAGAUCGACAAGAACAAGAACAGAAUCUUCUAGAAGGAAUCUCAAGCCAUACAACAAGCCUUGGAUUUUCUCUCUCUGUUCAAAGAUAACAACCGAUGCCGUGUCUCGCAACAACAGUGGCAGCGUUAUCAUCACUCCGCGUUCUCUUCGUCAUUUCCUCCAAGCCGAAAGACGAGCUCAUUGAGAAACGACAUUUUUUUAUGAAACUAAUUUAUUUUUAUGUCGUAACAAGUCGAGAAAUCUGAUGUUUCGAUCUUUAUGCGAAUUGAUUGAACAUUCCAAAGUUUUGGAAUUUUUUUUUUU